GCGCUGUAGUCUCUCACUCUGUGUGUGUGUGUGUAUGUGUGUGUGUCUCUCUCUCUCCCACUACUGAAGGAACUAUCCGUGCGAACAGAAUGGGUGUUGAGAUUGAAACAAUAUCUCCAGGUGACGGAAGAACUUUUCCGAAGAAAGGACAGACGUGCGUUGUGCAUUACAUAGGGAUGCUGCAGAACGGUAAGAAGUUUGACUCGUCACGAGACAGAAACAAGCCCUUCAAAUUCAAGAUCGGCCGACAGGAAGUCAUCAAGGGCUGGGAGGAAGGAGUUGCACAGAUGAGUUUGGGUCAGCGGGCGAAGAUCACCUGCACCCCAGAUAUGGCUUAUGGGGCCACAGGGCACCCUGGUGUCAUUCCUCCCAACGCCACCCUUGUAUUUGAUGUGGAGCUGCUGAAACUGGAGUAAACCACUAGCUGUUACGGGUCGCCCCACCAACAAAACCUUCAUCUAAAAACUCUAGACAUCAUCUUUUGUGUUUGUUUGCCAACAAAUGCAAUAUGUAGACACUGUUUAGUUACUUUAAAUCUUUUUUACACAUUGCCUUAACACUAUUUUGGCAUCUUGUUUUCAUUUUGAUUCAUCCAGUGUUUUUUUCAUACUACAUUUUCCUGAAAAUAUGUGAAUACAAUAGAAUCAUUAAAUCAGUAUUUUAAUUUGUACUAGACUGAAUCCACCACCUUACUGAAUUUAGUAGGGUUAGUAUUUUACCAAACGGUAUAAUGAGUUAUAAUUAUUCUGAGGGGCAUUAACAACCACUGUCUGCAUUGCCACUUUUGAUAAAAGUGUAUCCUGCUGAAUGCAUGUGAUAUAAGGAUAAUGUUACUGUAUUUACUAUAUAUUUUAUAUAUAAAUCCAUCCCUUAUAAAUAUUUGCUGUAAGUCUCAUUCGUGGAACAAACUGAAUAAUGUACGAUGGAGUGCAUCAACUUGCUCUUAAUAAAGACAUUUUAACUCUUGGAAA